UAGCAACAAACACAUCUCAGUAGCUCAAGACUUUAAAAACACAUUUCAAAGAAGCAGUUCAAGAAAUCUCAAUCUUUCAAGAUGAAAUCCAUGGUCAUUGUAUUUGUUGUCCUUCUUGGCGUCGCCAUGAUCAGUGCUAAUGAGCAAGAGCUACUCUCCAUUUUGAGAGACGAAAGAGAAGAUGCGAGAAGUGGGUGUGUCAACAAUUACAAGAAAAACAUCUGUGGAAAAUUGGUUACUCCAUUGAACUGCAUCGCACCAAAGACUAGAAUGGGAAAGUUUGCCAGGUCGUACUGCCAAUAUAUGUGUGGACUGUGCUAAGUCACGUGGACAUUGACGUCAGACCAAACGGACACGAUAACGGACAUCACAUGGGCAAUGCACUUGGAACAAUGAUAAAUAAUGAUUGAUCAAAUAUGGUGCUUGCUUAAAUCUAAUUAAAUGUAGAGUUAAGACAAAUAAAAGUGCUGAAAUAAUUAAA